AUGCCGGAAAAUUUCCGGGCGAUUGUAAACUCUACCGAUGGUGCAUUUUCCUGGAAAGCAAUUGCAGAAUACUAUAUACCAGUCAUUAUUCGUGUAAUUAAUGGUGAAGAAUUGAAGUUUGUAUCUGUACGGAUGGCUGAAACUCAACUGCUCAGCAAGUACAUACAACAUUUACACGAAGAUGUUUUUAAUUGUACAUCGGUGAAAAGUCACUUUAUCACUGAUUCAGAAGCAAAUCUAUUAAAUGAGAUUAACAUAAUACAUGCUGAUAGUAUCUAUGGAAAAGAUACAUUCUGUGCGGGCAAAGAUUAUAUUGUCCGUUUAGAAGAUGUCCUCGAGUUGUAUACAUUUUUAGAAGUAUGUUACAACAAAAUGCUGAACAAAAUUACUGCCGGUCGCAAAGAAAAAUGUGGUUUUAUUAAUAUCGAUUCCGAAGCUGUUGUACCAUACUGCCUUGCAGAUGGCCAUAAAUACAUACCAACUUUUUAUUUUGAAGGGGCUACGGAAGACCUAAAUGAUGGUGCUGUAGAACUUAAGGAGUGGAACUUUGCCUAUCUUAAGUUCUGUUAUAAAGUUCAGGGUAUAAAAAAUGAGCUGUAUACUAGUGAAUCAUGCACAGUGACUACUCUCGAUGUUAUCAAAAAUUAUUUUACACCAGAAACGCGUUUUGAGGAAUAUUGGCCGGCUAAAGUGAUUGAAACAAAUCUCCUGAUAAAUCGAAAAUCAACCGAUGUUUAUCCAUCAGGUGUCUGGAUCAAAGCCCCCCUUGAAGUACCUGCCCCCGAAAGUACUAUUCCACACUCAUUGACAGCUUCAGCACCAGUUAUGCCACAGAGUAUGCCAGUGGUAACGAAUACCUUUCAAAAUGAAUGGCCAUCAAAGCAAACGUUAGAAGAUAUCCGGAACGCGUUGCCACAACCAAAAAAUGUGUUGUCCAAGCAAGACCAACAAUGCCAAUCUGCGGCUCGACCGUCCAAGAGACGGUUAAGAAUGACCGGGCACGGCGGUAGUGUGAUUUCCACCCCCGCCGCCACUACUGGUUGGUACUCGCCGACCGCAGCUGACAGUAACGAUCUAUUAUUUAAUUAAUUUUGUUCUAAUUUGUAAUAAAAAAGUUAAA